AUGAAGCUCCACGGUGGCAAGUACGUCGGUACCGGUGCGGUGAUUGGUCUCGUGCUGGUUGGUGUUUUCCUCGCCCAGCUAGAACCGUGCAGUGCGUUCUACACCGUGAAACAGGUCGUGACGGAACGGAUCUCCAACCAGACGGAGUUUGUGAACAACGUGCUAAGUGAUGAAUUGCCACUGAAGAUUGUGGAGUUUUCGCAGUACGUGUACGAUUGGGAUCGUGAUACGCUGAAAGUGAAUGGAAAGUGGGUUCUCAACUCACCGAACGACGAUUACUUGUACUUUGUGGAGUUUACCGAAAAAAUUGACAAAACGACGGGCUUCAAGGAGAUUCUGAAUAAUUUACAUUCGAAGCAACUUAUCACCGACAUUAAACGUGUCGAGCGAGUGAAACCACAAGCUUUCCACUUUGAAAAAACUUUUUACUUUGGCAAAAAAUAG